UAGACCUCGUCAGUCUAGUCUUUCGGAGUUAGACAGAUAUAUUUGGAUGUUUGAUUAAUUUUCCUUAAUCACCUCCUUCUUCAAAUCCUAAUUCUCCUUAUACAUCUCUUGCUCUUUCACUCUCUCCUACAUUUGAUCCUAUACAUUUUACACACAUAGCCCAUUCACAACAUUAAGUCACAUGAAUCGAUCCGAUUCGUCAUCCGGGAGAUACAGAAACUAUGAAAUGGCCAUGAAUUGCACACGAAUCGUGGGAACCAGUCUGGUGUAAGAACACCAUCAAUCAAAUAAGUUUAUGGCAUUGGCCUUUGUGUAUCACACAGUGGGAGAUCUCACUGUUGGAAAGCCUGACUUGGUUGAAUUUCAUGACACUGAGACACUUAAGUCAGCAAUUCAAGCAAUAGCAGAUUCACCUGGAGGCAGCAUACCAAUCUGGAAGAAGAGAUCAUUGUCGCCGUCGUCAUCAUCCUCAGAUGUUAAUGCCCAUGAAGACAAUGAACUGAGGCAACAAAGAUUUGUUGGCAUGCUCAGUUCUCUUGACAUUGCUGCUUUCUUGGCCAACACGGCAACUAGUAGUCAGGAUCAAUCUUUGGACAUGGACAGGAAGCUCAACUCCCCAGUUUCCGAGGUGGUUGUCCCAAACAACUCCCUACUAAAGAUUGUUGAUCCUUCAACAAGGCUCAUCGAUGCACUCGAAUUGAUGAAGCAAGGAGUAAAACGCCUGCUUGUUCACAAGUGCCUUGUAUGGAAAGGUUCGUGCAAGCAUUUCUCGGUUGUUUACUAUUCUAGAUGGCUCAAGAACAUUGAAUCUAGCAACAGCAAACAAACAAGCAUGAAUUUUCAAGCAUCCUCGACAUCAUCACCAUCAAGAGUUACCUCGAUUCCUAACAAGUUUUGUUGCCUCUCCAGAGAAGACGUGCUCCGAUUCAUCAUUGGUUAUCUUGGAGCUCUGGCACCUCUUCCUUUAACCUCCAUGGCUCAUCUUGGUGCAAUCAAUUCCCAUUACAACACCGUUGAAUCCUUCAAACCGGCCAUUGAAGCAGCAAAAGCAACUCCAACGGACUCCAUUGCGGUUGCAGUGGUGGAACAAACACCGGAAGGCAAGAACAAGAUUAUAGGGGAAAUCUCUGCGCAUAAGUUGUGGAAAUGUGAUUACAUAGCUGCAUCUUGGGCUUUGGCAAAUCUGUCCGCAGGACAAUUCGUAAUGGGAGUUGAAGAUAACGAUAACAAUAGUGAUAUUGAAACUGAGUUGAGUGUGGAUACAAAAAGACCUAAAAGGUUCAGUAGCAGGAGCAUUAGAUUCUUGAGUAACCCUUCAGGCCCCGGCAUUUUCGGCCAAAGCAGGAGCAUGUACAGAGGAAGAAGUGCUCCUUUGACAUGUAAAGUGAAAAGCACAUUGGCUGCUGUCAUGGCUCAGAUGCUUUCACACAGAGCAACUCAUGUUUGGGUGACUGAGGAUGAGAGGGAUGAUGUUCUAGUUGGUAUUGUAGGAUAUGCCGACAUUUUAGAUGCUGUGACAAAGCCUCCUACUGCAUUUAUCCGUGCAACUAAAUCCACUGAGAUAAUGUGAAAUAAGAACUGACUUGAAAAUUCUUUUUUAUUUUUCCUUUUUAAUGAUUGUGUCUAUUGUGCUGUGCGGCAUGUGUUGGAAAUGCGAUAUUUGCCAAAAGAUUUUCAUGUCUAAGAAGGUUGCCAAUAUUAA